CUGCUCUCCAAACCAAUCAAACAAGCCUAUAUGCUAUUUGUUGUAAAAAAAAAAAAAAAAAAAGCAAGAAAAGAAUACUAAGAUUCUUUAAUUAAUAAACUUUAAUUCAAUAUAAGUUAUGAUAUUGCGUUUAUGAUGCCAACUUUAUAUUAUAAAAAAAUAAAUACAAAAGAUAAUAUAACCACUGUUAAUCAAUUGGAGGGAAUUUCACCUUAUAAAUACCCUCAUGUUUUCCUUCUAAGCACUGCAACUCCUCAGAGAGUCUCUUUGAUAAUUUUCUGAUAUUUCUCAACAAUGGUGAAAAGGUCUAGUUUAGGUCGUCAAAGGAUUGCAAUGGAGAAAAUCUCAAAGAAAACUCAUUUACAAGUCACCUUCUCUAAACGUCGAGCUGGACUUUUCAAGAAAGCAAGUGAACUAUGCAUUCUCUGUGGGGUUGAAAUUGCAAUAAUUGUCUUCUCUCCAGCUAAUAAGAUAUUUUCAUUUAGCUAUCCUGAGGUUGAGUCUAUCCUGGAGAGAUUUCUUGUUGGAAACCAUCCUCCCACCUCAGAUCUUGCUCAUCAGCUUAUUGAAGCUCAUCGAAAUGCUAAAGUUUGUGAGCUUAGUGCACAAUUGACUCACAUCCUUGACUUAUUGGAAACUGAAAAGAAGCAAGGAGAAGAACUUAGCCAAAUGAGAAAAGCUAGCCAAAGCCAGUGUUGGUGGGAAGCUCCUAUUCAUGAACUUGAAUUGCCUGAACUGCUAAUGCUGGGGGAUGCAAUGGAAGAUCUAAAGAAGAAUGUUAUAAGACAAGCAAAUAAGAUUUUGAUUGAGCAUAAGAACUCUUCACCAUUUCUUGCAGCAAAUUGUAUCAGACAUGUUCCAGAUUAUGGGAGCAAAACAAAUGAGUUUAAUGUUGUUCCUUUUACCAUUCCUUAUGUCAAUAAUUUUGGGUAUUGAUAUGAGGAUUUUCUUUUUUGGGAGAUUUUCUUGAUUAUUAUCAAGGGGUUACAAACUAGUAGCUCACCAG